AUGUCAUUCGGCAACACUUCAACACCAUUUGCUGAGCCUGCUUGGUGAGGCCAUUACCUAAACUACGCGGCCAGGGACCUCGUCCGGCUAUGUCAUGCCGAGCUCGCCGCCUUGCCUUUCACGUCGAACAGGGAAUCGUCACUUCAUUUCACACCGUAUGCUUCGUAUGGUUUGGGUCAUCUUGACUGAUCCAACACUCGCCUUGGUACUUUAAAUAGGUACACAAACCCCACUUCUUCACCCUACUACUCCGAAAAACAUGUCAAGCUGCGGGCGUUCAUGCGCCAACACAUCGAGCGUUUGAUGCCGAAUGCCGCCGAGUGGGAACAAUUGGGGCAGGUUCCUGAAGCCUUGGCAACGGAAAGGGCCAAAGCGGGGUCAGUCUCGGCAGUUUCGAUGUGCCUUCACGUUACUUCGAGUUUUUGUUGUAAGCUGAUGUUGAGGAGACUGACAGCCUGACAGCCGCUUCGAUCUACCCUCUGCCCGGUGCGCAAGACCUAGAUGGGAUCAAACUCCCAGCCGGCUUAGAGCGUUCGGAAUGGGACCCUUUUUGUGACCUCAUCAUGUCCGACGAAGGAGCACGACUAGGUUAUCUCGGCGUCGCUUGGGCUUUGGGAGGAGGAAAUGCAAUCGGUGCUCCUCCGCUCGUCGCGUAUGGAACAACGGCACAGAGACAGAAAUUCCUGAGGCCGAUCUUGAGGGGCGAAAAGAGGAUCUGUUUGGGGGUCACCGAGGCGAGUGGUGGCAGUGAUGUUGCUGCCAUCAAGACGACGGCAACUAGAGUGGAAGGAGGAUGGCGAGUGACAGGGAGCAAGAAGGUGUGCGCGAACUCCGUGUCGUGCACCUGUUGUUCGAGCACGGAGACCCCUGUCACAUGAGGGCAAAUUGAACCGAGGGAAGGCAGUGAUUUUGCUGACGCAAGGGGGCGCACAUACUUCCAUUCUCCCAGUGGAUCACCAACGCCAUCUUCUCCGAUUACAUGAUGACCGCAGUCCGUACCGGCGACGAAGGGAACAAAGGGCUCUCCUUCAUGAUUAUCGAUCUUCACGCCGACGGAGUGACGAAACGCUCGAUCGAGAACACGGGCGUAAAAGCAUCGGGAUCGAGUUAUGUCGAACUGGAUGAGGUCUUGUGAGCUGUCAAAGAUGCCCAGGGAAGUACCAGCCGCUUAGCUGACAUUCCGAUCACGUCGAUCCCAGUGUCCCUGAUUUCAAUUUGAUCGGCAAGGAGGGGGACGGGUUCCGCAUGGUCAUGGUCAUGGUCAACUUUCUUCAUGGUGAGCUAAAUACGCCAUCUACCGGUCUGAAACGCUCUUCUGCCGCUGACUGAAAGUCAAAUGCUUUACAGAACGAUUCCUCCUCGCCGUACAAGCUAACCGCAUGUCACGCGUGUGCCUUGAGGAUGCCUACGAGUAAGAGAGCCCCGACUUGCUAACCCGAAGAGCACUACUUGAACCUCGCAAUUGGGAUUCUCUCUUUCUGUCAGGUACGCGACAAAGCGUCAUACGUUCGGCAAACCGCUCAUCUCCUCGCCCAUCAUCCGAGCCAAAGUGUGUCUCCCUAACGUACACUGGCCGUAGUGACAAAUCCCUCCGAGCCCCUCGAUCUAAUACCUCCAACCACAUGUGCCCAGAUCUCCGACAUGGCGCUCAUCAUCACCGCCAACCAUUCAUGGAUCGAAGCUCUGGCGUUUCAACUCUCCGUCCUCCCCAAAGUCGUCGCGGACGUCGAACUGACUGGUCAAGCGGCGUUGCUCAAAGUCGCUUGUACGAGGGGUUUGGAAAGGUGUAAUAGGGAGGCUUUGCAGAUUUUGGGAGGUGGGUUGGGAAAACAUAAGAUCAUUUUUUGAUCGGGAGAUAUGAACUAAAUUCAUGGGGAUUUCGGGUAUCACGCAGGGAUUGGGUACCAGAGGGGUGGCAUAGGAGGUCGGGUCGAACAGAUGUGAGCUCUUCUUGUUGCCUUGCCACAUACUGAGGAACUGAAGUUUUCACUAUAUCAUCGUUCGUCUACAGCUCGAGAGAUUUGCGUGUGAUGUGCAUCGGAGGAGGCUCGGACGAAAUCAUGAGUAGCCUCGGGUUGAGGCAGGCCGAAGCGGUGAUUUCCAAGAACGAACAGAGACUGAGUUUCAAGGCGAAAUUAUAG